AUGGUCACGUUCGCGAGGCAAUUAAUUGUGCCGCUUUCAUGGUCAGCCAGAACCAGUUUGAUGACUAUUCGACGAUUAAAUGCAACGAUGGCCACUGACUGCGCGAAAUCUUUGCUAUACAAGGAAUACGGUGAUCCCAUUGCCGUACUCCAAGUGACAACGCAAACCAUCGAUCAACUGGCGAGCGAUGAAGUAUCUGUAAAAUGGUUACUAUCGCCAGUAAAUCCGGCUGACAUAAACACGAUACAGGGAAAAUAUCCUAGUAGACCAGCAUUACCAGCUGUACCGGGAAAUGAAGGGGUUGGGGAAAUAGUAGCAGUAGGCUCCAAUGUGCAGAAUUUGUGUGUUGGAGAUAAGGUGGUGCCAAAUGGCCCUAAUUUUGGAACAUGGAGAACACAAGCUAACUAUAAUUUCAAAGAUGUUUCAAAAAUUCCAAGCUAUCUGAGCUUGGUUGAAGCAAGUAUGUUGAACGUAAAUCCAUGUACAGCUUAUAGAAUGUUGAAAGAUUUUGUUCCUCUAAAGCCUGGAGACUCUGUGAUACAAAAUGGUGGUAAUUCUGCAGUUGGUCAACUGGUUAUCCAAUUGUGCAAAUUGUGGAAUUAUAAGUCUGUCAAUAUUAUUCGAAACAGGCCAGAGAUAAAAGAAUUGAAAGAUCAAUUGGCAGCCUUAGGUGCAGACGAAGUGCUGACUGAAGAAGAACUUCGAACAACCCAGUUGUUCAAAAGUGGAAAGUUACCAGCACCAAAGUUGGCUCUCAAUUGUAUUUCCGGGCAAAAUGCGCUUGAGGUCUCGCGUCAUCUCGCUCACAGUGGUGUCAUGGUGACUUAUGGUGGCAUGUCCAGAGAACCACUGACAAUCCCUGUGGCUUCUCUUAUCUUUAAGAAUCACUCUUUCAAAGGAUUUUGGAUGACAGCCUGGACAAAAGAAAAUACGGAAUCCAAAGAGAGGGUUAAUAUGUUUAAUGAUUUGGCACUUUACUAUAAGGAGAAGAAAUUGCAAACGCCACUUCAUAAAUUAGUACCUUUCAACGAGUACCAAGAAGCUAUCGCUAGCGCGACCAAAUUCGAUGGCCGCACGGGUGUAAAGUACAUUUUGGACAUGACAAAAUCUUAACAUAGUCUCCCUGUGCACAAAGUUGCGUGUUAACUUUCUUAUCCAUUCUCUGAAUAUUACUUUAUUUUUAUAGAUUAGUUGGGUUUAGAGGUAUAUCUGCAUUUAAUAGUUAUCUCCAGUGAUCUAUAAGAUAUGCCUGCUGUUUUAUAUGAUACUGAAAUGAAGCACGCCUUGUAAGAUAAAACUUUGUAAUGGAAAUGUAAUAUUUAUUUAUAGGGAUAUCACGAUAUCGGUGUACAAAUAUGCAGGAAAAAUACAGGAAAAAUAAUUGCGA